GGCAGCCGCGGCGCGGGGAGGCGGCCAUGGAGACCCGCUACAACCUGAAGAGUCCGGCUGUUAAACGUUUAAUGAAAGAAGCGGCAGAAUUGAAAGAUCCAACAGAUCAUUACCAUGCACAACCUUUAGAGGAUAACCUUUUUGAAUGGCACUUCACAGUUAGAGGACCCCCAGAUUCUGAUUUUGAUGGAGGAGUUUAUCAUGGACGAAUAGUACUGCCACCAGAGUAUCCCAUGAAACCACCAAGCAUUAUUCUCCUAACGGCUAAUGGACGAUUUGAAGUAGGCAAGAAAAUCUGUUUGAGCAUCUCAGGACAUCAUCCUGAAACUUGGCAGCCUUCGUGGAGUAUAAGAACAGCAUUAUUAGCCAUCAUUGGGUUUAUGCCAACCAAAGGCGAGGGAGCCAUAGGUUCUCUAGAUUACACACCUGAGGAAAGAAGAGCGCUUGCCAAAAAAUCACAAGAUUUCUGUUGUGAGGGAUGUGGUUCUGCCAUGAAGGAUGUCCUGUUGCCUUUAAAAUCUGGAAGUGAUUCAAGCCAGGCUGACCAAGAAGCCAAGGAACUGGCUAGACAAAUCAGUUUUAAGGCAGAAGUCAAUUCAUCUGGAAAGACUAUUGCCGAGUCGGACUUAAACCACUCUUUUUCACUAAAUGAUUUACAAGAUGAUAUGCCUACGACAUUCCAGGGUGCUACGGCCAGUACAUCGUAUGGAGUCCCAAACCCCUCGGCAGCGUCCCUUCAACAGCCUGCCCAACCUGUAGCUAAGAAUACCUCCAUGAGUCCUCGACAGCGCCGGGCGCAGCAGCAGAGUCAAAGAAGGUCGUCUGCUUCACCAGAUGUAGGCCAGGGCCAGCAGGCAAGAGACAACCACACCCAUCAUGGCGGAUCCGCUGUACUGAUUGUCAUCUUGACUUUGGCCUUGGCAGCUCUUAUAUUCCGACGAAUAUAUCUGGCCAACGAGUACAUUUUUGACUUUGAGUUAUGAUAUUGUUUUGUGUCUUACGAGCUGUGACUCAAGUGCUUCAUUAAACAUUCUGCAUUGGGUAUAAUCUAAGAAGUGUUUACAAAAAGUUUAUUUUGUAUUUACCCUUCGUUCGUUUUUUGGUCCUUAUAAAUUCAGUAUAAAUAGAGCUAGACAUGCAGACUGUGUCCUGCUUUGGUUAAGGGACUGGGAGUGCGAGUCCCUUGUCUCACUGUCUGACCUGCUUUACAGAGAAGUAACUUACUGUUGUUUCUCAUGCCUCAGCUUGCUUUUAUGUAAAUUUGUGAUACUUUUCUGUAUAACCCUUUGAAAUUUUUGGAUAAAAAAUGGUGUUUUAAUUUCCAAUAAGUAUUAGUCGUUACUCAAUACCAUUUAUUGAGUACUCUGUUUCUACUUCUGUAGAAUGAUUAGGGAUAAGAGUUGAAAAGGGAAAGAAAAACGCCUCAAAUAGCUUACUUAAAAUGUCGCUCAUAGGAAACGUACUGGGAUUGCCCGUUCUGUGACUGACUUUGUGUCAUAACCUUCUUCAGUGAAAGUAACUAUUUCAGUCAAACAUUUGUGAGAAAAUACGAUUACGUCUUUGUUAUUGGUUGUUACUUGAAGAGGGAAUAAUGCUUUGUAACCACAUUGAUAUGCUGUUACCCCUUCUCUCCAGUAUGCACAAGAUUUAAAAAGAAAGAAAACAAUCCUCUAUAGAUCUUUGUUUUAAGGAAGAAAGGGUACAAACCAGAAAAUUGCUUGAUUUUCUUCCAGAAGUUAAGUGGGAAGAUCUUAAGAUUUGAAUAUUUGCUCCGCUUUGAAUUGUAUAUCUUUUAAGAUGUAUUAUAUGCCUAGCUUUGUAAUCACUAUAAAUUUAAUUAUUCCAGGAAUA